AAUUAAAUUUUUAUAAUUAAAAAAAAUAAAAAAAAUAACGUAAUUAACUAUUAGGAUGAGGUUGAUUAUAAAUUAUACAAAAAUUAAAGAUACCAUAAGGGGCACGAAUCAGCCGUACUACUAACGCAGCCGUCGUAAAGCCAGCCAGUCUCCCUCGAAAAGGAAAAAGAAAAAAUUUGAAAUUCCUAACUCGUUUUUCUUGUAAACUGUAGUGCGAUCUCUCUCUGUACAUCGUCGGGUGCUGUGGUCUGCAGAGAGGGCUAAAUUCCUCAUUCCAACGGUGUUUUUCAGACGCACAAAGUAGUAAAAAUUACCCGGGAAGGAUAAUGGCUUCUCAGUUACAGAUUCAAGGGGAUGAAUCCGUACUUUUACGGGUUACUCACUCCAAUAUGAAGAGCUUUUCUCCAGAAAUCCGUUUUUCUCUUCAGAUGACAGUGGAAGCCGUGAAAGAUAAGCUUUGGAAAAAGUGUGGUACUUCGGUCGAUUCAAUGUCCCUGGAGCUCUAUGAUGAAACUGGUGCUAAAAUCUCAGUCCUAAGUGACAAUGCAAGACCACUUGGUUUUUAUUCCCCACUGAAUGGUUAUCGCUUACAUGUCAUUGAUCUUGAUCCAUCAUCAGUGACUUCUGGAGGUUGGCUCGAGGACACAUCACUUGUGGAGAAGUAUACUAUCUCUGAAGAGGCUUAUGAGAAACUUGGUGGUACUUUCAGAAAAUUCAAGGAAACAUUGCCGCUUAAGCAACCACCUGGUCUAGAAUCUAAAAUAUCUAGCAACUGCAUGGAAGAUCUUUGUGCAAAUAUAAAGAUAGGGGACAGAUGUGAAGUGGAGCCUGGAGAGAGAAGAGGCAUGGUCAAAUUUGUUGGUCAGGCUGAAACACUUGCACCUGGGUUUUGGGUUGGAGUUCAGUUUGAUGAACCAGUAGGAAAACAUGAUGGCAUGGUUAAAGGGAAACGUUACUUUGACUGCCCUCCUCUUCAUGGUGCAAUGGUCCGACCAGACAAAGUAAAGAUUGGAGACUAUCCAGAAAAAGAUCCCUUUGAGGAUGAGGAAAUUUAAUUAUAUAGGAUUCCCGUCUGCUGUUCCUUUGGUUUGUGAUCUUUUUAAUCAAUUGGAGUCUGGAGAUGCAUGUUUCAAAUGUAUAAACUGAGCUGAAAAGAUCGUCAAGCCUGUAAUUGAAAGUCACGGAAAUGUCACUGAAGAUUUCAAGUCGAUGAAGAAACCUGAAUGAAUUAAAUAUUUACCCAGCAGGUGCAGAUAAAUUGUUGUACUUAGGUGUAUUGUGAUUUUUUGUGGUUGAUUAUCAGUCUGAAUCGUUGUAAGAAAGUUUCUAGAGAUACGUUUAUUUCAGUGGAUAGAAA